CAUGAAAAGACUAUAUGGGAAAAGCUUCCCCAAAGCCCUCAGCUUUUAUAUCUUUGUCUGCCAUUUAAUCCCCAUAAACAUAACACAUCACUAUCACAUAAAUUCCCACAAAAACCUCGUCCCUUUUUCUUUGAACAUUUUCCUCUUAUAUACACAACUAUUUCAUUCUUUAGCUCAAAAAAUAUGAUCCAUUUUCAGCUCAUAUGUUUAUUUUUCUUCUGCCAUCUCUUACUUAUAAGAGGUGAAGAAGAAAAGGGGUCAUUUUGUUUUUAAGUUAAUCUUGAAAAGAACGAGUUUCUUGAAAUUUUGUUUUGUUUUUUUGCAUUUUCUUGAAAACCCCAUUUGAUUUUUGGUGUUUUUUUGUUUGUUGUUUCAUUUGAGUGUAGGAAAAAAAAGAGUUUGAUGAGGGAAAGUUUGAGUCUUUUUUGUGUUUUUUUUUCCUUUUUUUUGGUGAACCCCAUUUGAAUUUUGGUGUUUUUUUGGUUGUUUGUUUGAGUUGUGUAGGAAAAAAAAGAGUUUCAUGAGGGAAAGUUUGAAUCUUUUUUGUGUUUCUUUGAUUUUUUUGGUGAACCCCAUUUGAUUUUUGGUGUUUUUUUGUAGUUUGUUUUGAGUUGUGUAGGAAAAGAUUAAAAAAAAAUGAUAACACUUUCAGACCUUUAUCAUGUUCUAACUGCUGUAGUUCCACUUUAUGUAGCUAUGAUAUUGGCAUAUGGCUCAGUGAGAUGGUGGAAAAUUUUUAGUCCUGAUCAAUGUUCAGGAAUCAAUAGAUUUGUGGCACUUUUUGCAGUUCCAUUGUUGUCAUUUCACUUCAUUGCUUCUAACAAUCCUUAUACUAUGAACUACAGGUUCAUAGCAGCUGACACUUUACAAAAAGUGAUAGUUCUUGUUGUUUUAGCCAUUUGGUCAAGAAUUAGCUCAAGGGGUUCUCUUGAUUGGUCCAUUACUUUGUUUUCACUUUCAACUUUGCCUAACACUUUAGUUAUGGGAAUCCCUUUGUUAAAAGGAAUGUAUGGUGAUGCCUCAGGGAGUUUAAUGGUACAAAUUGUUGUUCUUCAAUGUAUCAUUUGGUAUACUUUGAUGCUUUUCUUGUUUGAGUAUAGAGGUGCUAGAAUGCUCAUUUCUGAACAGUUUCCUGAUACUGGAGGGUCCAUUGUUGAAAUUAAAAUUGAUUCUGAUGUUGUUUCAUUAGAUGGUAAAGAACCUUUGGAGACUCAAGCUGAGGUUGGUGAUGAUGGGAAACUUCAUGUAGUUGUUAGGAAAUCAACUAGUUCAAGGUCUGAAAUUUUUUCAAGAAUGUCACAUGGACUUAAUAGUGGUGUUUCUAUGACACCAAGACCAUCAAAUUUGUCUAAUGCUGAGAUUUACUCUUUGCAAUCUUCAAGAAAUAUGACCCCUAGAGAUUCUAACUUUAACCAUACUGAUUUAUACUCAAUGGUGAAUGGAAAGAACAAUGCAAAUAUGAGUCCUAGGACAUCAGUUGGUAACUUGGGAUUUGAUGAGGAGAGUGGAUUUGGGAGGGCAAAUGCAGGGUACCCUGCACCUACUAAUGCUGGGAUAUUUUCUCCGGCAACCGGACCGGCGGGGACAAAGAAGAAGGGUAAUGGAAGUGAAGGUGGAAAAGAUCUUCACAUGUUUGUUUGGAGUUCAAGUGCUUCACCAGUAUCUGAAGGAGGGAUUCAUGUGUUCAGAGGAGGUGGUGAUUAUGGUAAUGAGCUUGGCAUUGGACCUCACCCUAAAGAUUAUGAUGAUUUUGGCCGAGAAGAGUUUGCCGUCGGUAAUAUAAAGAACUCCAAUGGAUGUCAUCGAGAAGAGCCAGUGCUAAAGAAGCUUGGAUCAAGCUCUACAGCCGAGUUGUUUCCCAAGCCUGCCAAUGAAACUAAGGCUACUACUAUGCCUCCUGCUAGUGUUAUGACCAGACUUAUUCUGAUUAUGGUGUGGCGAAAACUCAUUAGGAACCCAAAUACAUAUUCUAGUCUCCUUGGCCUCGCUUGGUCCUUGAUCUCAUUCAGGUGGAACAUUGAGAUGCCUGCGAUUAUAGCUAAAUCGAUAUCAAUUCUCUCUGAUGCUGGUCUUGGAAUGGCUAUGUUUAGUCUUGGUUUGUUCAUGGCAUUGCAGCCUAAGAUGAUCUCCUGUGGAAAAACAGUUGCUGCCUUCUCUAUGGUCGUGAGAUUCAUCAGCGGUCCAGCAGUCAUGGCUGCUGCCUCUAUCGCUAUUGGACUUCGAGGUGUUCUUUUGCAUAUUGCAAUAGUUCAGGCAGCUCUACCUCAAGGAAUUGUUCCUUUUGUCUUUGCAAAAGAAUACAAUCUUCAUCCUCAAAUACUCAGCACAGGGGUUAUAUUUGGGAUGUUAAUAGCUCUUCCAAUCACUUUGGUCUACUACAUUUUGCUGGGGCUUUGACAGUAAUGCUGCAGACAAGCUGUUAAUCUCAAAAGAAAUUAUGACUUUUUUGCCACUGUAUUUUUAUGGCUUCUAACAAGAACAUCUCUCACUACGAGCUAGUAGAUUAGAAUUAUUUUGUAGUCUAUUUGUAACCCCUUCUAAUUUUGAACCUUUUAUGUUGAGCAAUGUUAUUUACUAAUUCAAGUA